AUGACUAGUACAGAAUUUAUAUCAACAAAAGUAGAAACAAAAUUAUCAUUUCAAUUGGAUAAAUUUGUUCUUCGCCUUCUAAGUUUAGGUAAAUGUGAGAAACGUCUUGAGAAUAUUAUAACAGAAGGUGAGAUAAAAGAAUUGAUACAGGCAACAAAAGAAGUUUUUAAUAAACAACCAAUAUGUUUAGAAAUAGAACCACCAAUUAUAAUAUGUGGUGAUAUUCAUGGGCAGUAUCCUGAUUUAUUAAGAUUAUUUGGUCAUGCAGGUUUUCCACCAGAAAAAAAUUAUCUUUUUCUUGGUGAUUAUGUUGAUAGGGGUAAACAAAGUCUUGAAGUUAUUAUAAUGAUGAUGGCUUAUAAAGUUUUAUAUCCUGAUUCAUUUUUUAUAUUAAGAGGUAAUCAUGAAUGUUAUAAAGUUAAUAGAAUUUAUGGAUUUUAUGAAGAAAUUAAUAGAAGAUAUAAAUCACCAUCAUUAUACGAUGACUUUUCAAAUCUUUUUGACUUUAUGCCACUUACAGCUAUUGUAGGUGAUAAAAUAUUAUGUAUGCAUGGUGGUUUAUCACCAGAAUUAAAAAAAAGAGAUGAUUUAAAAAAUAUUCCUAGACCUAUAUGUCCUUAUAAAAAUAGUAUAGUAUGUGAUUUACUGUGGUCAGAUCCUGAUUCAAGUGCUAGUGGUUUUACCGCUAAUGCCAGAGGAAUUUCUUAUCUUUUUGGAACUAAUGUUGUUCUUAAAACUUUAGAAGACCUUAAUUUAGAAUUAAUUUGUAGAGCACAUCAGGUUGUCCAAGAUGGAUAUGAAUUUUUUGCAAAUAAACGCCUAGUAACAAUAUUUUCAGCACCUCAUUAUUGUGGUCAAUUUAGUAAUAAUGCUGCUUAUAUGGAAAUUAAUGAAGAUUUAUUAUGUAAUUUUGUUAUUUUAAAACCAUCAAUAAAAAUGCGUAUUGUUGCUGGACCAACGCCAAAAGGAGAUUUAUCUUUAUAA